GCACUGUGGGUGGACGUAGAGAACACGCAGGCACUUUUCCCGUCGUGCGUUUAUUUUCCUGUAAGAAUUCGAGAGCGGGAACAAAUUUCGAGCUCGAGGAAGAUUGCAUUUGCAAAUCACAGUUAAAAAUAUUGGUAUAGAAUUAUGACGCUCGCACAUCAUGAUAUUUUUUUCGCGUUCUCUUGCUAUAAGGGGGAAAAAACUCGUAUCUGGGAAACACGCACCUAUAAGAGUUGAAGAUUAUUCAACAGGAGUGACGGACCAGUUUGACGCUGGAAAAUUUCUGACCCUGCAUGGCAGCUAGCGUGAUUUGGAAAAGAUCUGGAUCGAACGACAAACCUCACUUCGUAAUACGCGGACUUAAACUGGAAUCAUGAAAAAUAAUUUGGGCGCCAGGAUGGACGCAAGUCACGUCAAACUCAACGGAAUUCGACUCGACAUACUGUUAAUGCAAGCAAAAAAUGGCGGCAAACACGUAAAAAUGUACGUCUUGAAACAAGUAUUUGAAGCCUUUCAAAAGGAGAAAAAUUCAAUUCCGAGGACUACGUUCCAUAAACGCUUGAGCAGGCUACACAUCGACCGAAAACCGUGCAAAUUAAAAGAGAUUCAUCGCCUAAAAUGGCUGAAAGCAGUUCCGAAUCGUACCAGUAAAUGUUGUCUAAUUUCUCAUGCAGAUUUGCUAAAGCUUUGUCGGUCGUGUGGUGUAGAAACGGAGGCGUUGGAAAGCAAAAGUAACGUCAAAACAAACAUCAAAUUAAAACGCAAGAAACGCAAGAAAAAUGCCAAGAAACGAGAGAGGGAUAUAGACAGAAAAUGUAAAGAUGCAAAUGAGUAUGAUUUAGAAUAUUCAACGUGCUCAGAAAGAAUUAUUGACUGUCAUAACUCGAGUGGUACAGAUUAUCCGAAUGCUUCAAAAUCCGACAUAAUUUUUACCCACGGUAACUCAGUGGACAGUGAUUUCCGUACACAACAUGUGCGUAGCGGCAAUGCCAUGCACGGAGAGGCUACAUGUAAACAAAUGCUGAAUGGCCGCGGCAUUGAGUAUGGCAGUAGCAGCUCCAUUAAAAAAUCGGUGGAAUUUUCGUUUUCUGAGCCUCGCUUUGGAUUUCGAAAAUGUGAGAGGAGAACUGUGACAUUUGACAUUCAUUCCCAAGCAUUUUCUACAGGAGACAGCUCUUUAUUUGACGCCAAACGACCAAAGAACAUGCGCGGAGAAGCCGAAUUUGAUUGUCGAGAAACAGGCGCAAACAUGGAUGAUAAUAAUACAGUAGACACAUGCAUUGCUAUUGAAUCAAAUGCUAACGUAAACUGUGAGGAUAUUAUACACAGUGAAACUAAAACGGCCGCCUCGAAAGAAAAGGAAUAUUUUGGAUUUACUGGACAGGAGAAAGAGGAUAAUUCUUGGAAAUCGUUUGGCAAUGUACCCGACCAAGAUGCGGCCGCCAUAUUGGAGAAUACCGAGGAAAGUAAUGAUGGAGAAAUACGUUUUGUGAAUGGAUUUCAAUUUGCCGUCGCAGCUCAACAGAUUCGCGUGGGGUGCAAUGAUUUGGAGAGCGGCAGUGAUCAAGAAAGUGAAUUGUCGAACUUGGAAAUCAACUCGAAUCUGUCUGAUUUAUCGGAGUUAUCAGUGUCCAGUGAGUCGUUGAAUUCGGAGUCAAGCAGAGACAUGGGCGCUGGGGAGAUUGGUAGGGGUCGGUGGCGGGCCAGGGUCGGGUCAAAUUCAGACGGUGAGUCGGAAUGCUCACCGAACUUGAGAAACAGUCCAGUGAACUUUUAUCAUGGAGCGAAUCCAGGUCAUAGUAUAUCGCGUGGGGCUAGCUGCGGUCUACCAAGUUUACAUUCGUCACUGUGUAACCCCAGUACAUUAUGGUCGCAUCAUUCGGCAAUGUAUGCAAAGAAAAUAAGCGACUCUAUGCGAGCCAAGAAUGAUAAAUCCUUGAUAAUGCAGGGGCGCCAUAACAAUUGCAUUAGGAACAUUCAGCAGAAAGCUCGUGAAAAUCAUGAAAACGAGCGGACCACUGAACACGAGUGCGGCCGAAACUGUAGGGAGGUUACCGCUGCUGAGUCGGGGGAACACCAAGACACUGUAACAGGUGCAUCGGGACUGGUGUUGAAAAAGAGCCAGAAAUCGUGGCAUGUCUCGCCACAAAAAGAAGGGGAGGAGACCUUAAAUGGGGAGAUCAAACUCGGAGAAAAAAGGAAAUCGGGCGUACGGACAGAAGAAUGCACAGAAAGUAAAUCCCUGCCUCACAAGAAAAAUCACAAGAAAAAGAAAAAGAGAAAGAAGAAAAAUACACGAUGUAACUUUGACGGGGAAGGUGUAGAAAAAUGUGAUGUGAAUGGGAAUUUCGUGAAACGGGCCAAAGGUUCGGGUACGCGUCUUGCAUCAGAAAACAAGCCAGAAAUUUGCCAUAAGAAAAAACGACACAAUGAGGAACGGGAACCAAAGAAAGUGGCGGAAUUAAAGCGAAAACUGGAAGCCAUUUCUAACGAAUUAGAACGCCUUCAGAAAAGCAAGGCGAAGAAAUCGAUCGGUAAGGGGGUCAAUUGUAAGCAAGACAAGACACGGCGAUUGAAACCGCAAGAAACCAAAAGAAAGCCAAGGGGGAAGCGGAAGAACAGCGGACCCGACCCCAAGAUAGCUACUUUCAAGAUGUCCGAGUAUCUGUUAUUACCCCCUUCUUUGGUUGUUGGUGAUGGGGACUUGAAACCUGCCUGCAGCAUGGCUGUUCCAAAGGGUGUCAACCCUCCCAAAUGUCACCCUGUUUGGAGAUGGAAAAUUGGCGGUACACCCCUUCCAAGACCGAAAAAUAGGCAUAAGCCUAUACCACAUGGUGCUAUUACUACUAGGUGAACAAAAAUGUUUUCCAUCUUGAAAUUAUAUGUUCUAUUUGAAAUGUAUUUUCAGCUAAAGAUAUGGGUUCAUGAACUAUUCAGUGACUGCCAUUUCAAUUUUUUAUUGUACAAACAUUGCAAAUCAUGUAAUGGCAAAAUCGUUUAAAAUAACCAGAAUAAUGUGUCUUUAACAUGUUCAUCAAGAAUUGAUAUAGUAUGCACUGGUCAAUUGCAAAGAUUUGAUGCAAUUGUCUCCAAAAAUAUUUUUUUAAGUUUACAUUAUUGCAUUGCAAGUUUAUACCAAAGAGAGUUUGAAUCACGGAAUGAAACUCGCCAUUUACAUAUUUUGUUUGUAUUCCAUUUACAUUAAACAAUUAUGAAUACAUGUAAAUGGUAAUCUCGAUAAAAUUCUUGUCAAAUAUGGGUUUGAAUUAAAAGAGCCGAGACGCUAGUGGAACUGGAAGUUAUGUUGGAAAGUGUGAAACGGCAAUGUUAUUUUGGUUUUACAUUAUGUGUAGUGAUAUUCCACAUGCGUACAUGACUUACCACACACAUCUGCGUGUAUGGGAAAAAGUUUAAAUUGUGUUGAAAUUACUUUAUGACAGAGAAGGUCUGUAUUUAUCAGUUUGCUUACAUGAAUGAUCUAAAUCGGUAUCGUAUAGUUAUAGAAUUUUAUGGACACAGGGAGAACUUCCAUUUUUAGGAUUAUUCCAUUAUGUACAAAGCUUGUGAUGAGAUAUGCAAAGAAGUGUUUUUUUUAUGAAUGACGGUUAUUUGAAGAAUCUCAUGAUCCUAGCCAUUUUGUUAUAUGAGCAGAGAAUCAGCGAAAUUUGUUUUCCUACUGUAUUUUUUGCAGGGAUCAUUUUUUCUUUCUUCCUGCUUAUUAACAUAUUCCGAUCGCUCUAUUUCAGAGAAUUACGAAAAAUCAGGACUUGUAUUGAAUAUUGCAAGAAUGUUGCAACAUUAUAUUGACAUGAAAGCCAAUACAACGAGCAUUAUUCUCUGCCCCUUGUUUGUUUCACAUGUAAUCAUUUCUCAUGAAAAUGUCACCUUACAUCAUGGGCGUAGAGAUGGGGGGGGGGUGUUUUGCCCUCCAAAUUUUCACAACCAAGAAAGAAAAGAGAGAAAAGGAAAGGGAUAAGGGUGAAACAUGAUAUCAUUUUCCAAAUAUUAUGUCAAACUCUAUAUCAUAAACUUGACUUGUUGAAAUUUUUGCUGCCCGCAAUAUCCUAUUAAUUUUAUGCGAUACCCUAUGGCGAGCCCCCUCAAUAUUUUUUGGCUCAAUAAUACGCCACUGCCUUACAUGUACACUUCCUGGCCCAUUUGGCAAACUUCAUGCAGGCGCGGGCAAGUCUUAUUGUUUUGUAUACAUGUACCAGUCAUCUAUGCUCGUCUGCGUAAAAUUGCGCAGGAAAUAUUUUUUGCAAUGUUUUCAGGACCAUCAAAAUGUAUUUUGUUAAAUCAAAAAUUUAUGUGGAGCUGGAUUACACAUUGAAGAAUAGUAUAACACAGAAUAUCUGCAUUAGGAGAGAAUUGAAUUAUCUUUUUAUAUCAGAUCUCCAUAUUUUUUUGCUGAUAAAUGGUUACCGAUGUAAAGUUACGCUGAAUUGUACAUCUUCAAGUGUAAAAUUGAAAUUACACGUAUUUAAAAAAAACAACAAAUUGUUUGAGCCAUCUUUACGAACUGUGUAUUAGUUAUAAGGAUAAACGUAACAAUACGUGUUAUAUAAGCUCUGAACCUCUUUCUGGCCUAUAUCUCUUCUACCUCAUCAGUCUUCUUUCUAAUCCAAAAUCUCUCUCUCCUUUCCUCAUGUACGUGUUCAUUUGCUUUGAAAAAAAGAUAUUGUAAAGCAAUCCAUUGCGUUGGUGAAUAUUGUGCCACCAAAUUAUUGGUAAACAUGGUAGUCUUGGUAGAGAUUGACAGACAUCUAUUAUUGUUAUUGGUUAAACCUACCGAAUUUUGGUUGGUUUCUAUCAUGUUUUUGUCGGACAUAACUUAUACAGAAGUUUACUGGACUUUUGGACAGAACUUGAUUAACCAACUCAAACGUUAGUUGAGUCGACCAACUGUUAGAUUAAAAAAGAAGAAUCAUAAUUCUUUUUGCAUGCAAUUAAAACGCUGUUUGAAAUUUCUAUACAAUUCUGUUUACUACAUCUUACACCAUGUUGCUUACAUCUGCCUCAACAACCAUGCUUAAUUCAUUUAGAAUUCAAUAUCAGAAAUUUAACUUUGUUGUUUAAGAUUUUAAACACGAAAAUUUAUUACUCUGUUUAAACAACUUCUGUAAGGUUCAUAUAUAAACACUUUAACAGCGUUGUGGGUAGGUUCAUGUUUGAACCAACUUACAAGGUUGGUUUAACUUGUCUGAGAUUAUAGUGAUACAACUGCUUCACAAAUCGCAGAUGUUUGAUUGGUUAACGUGAAAUAAUAAUAUUGACGAUGCUACAUGUAGUUAUGUUUUUUUUUAAUUACCUACCGUGGACGAUUUUUCACACGAUUAUUUCAAUUUAUUUUGGAUGAUUUUACACUUUCAUGUUGCAUUGAUAGGCCAAUGUAUACACGAUAUAUAUAUAUUUGUUUUUACUUCGAAAAUGACAUUCCUAAAAUCUUCUAUAUGCAGCAUGCACGCAACCUGUCUAUAGAGUUUAGAUGAUUUAGUACCGUUAACCUAAGUUUGUUACUUAAUAAAUGACUUGAUAUUGGACGUAAGGCUAUCCAUGUUUAUGAUGUUGUUAUGAAUAAUCCUUCUUUCCGACGAGCCUUCCAUUAUUUUACAAAGAAUAUAAACUGUCAUUCACAUGCAUGCAUUUGACAUUUUGAUGCAUUAAGACCAGUUUAUGGCUGUAUAGUGAAUAGCGGGUUCCCAUAUUACAUGUAGAUGUAUCGUUCACUGCCAUUACUUAGUGUAAAUAUAUAAGUAAUUUUGAAAACUCAGUAAACGAAGUCGCUUCGACUAUACCAUCCCCGAAAAAAAAACAAUCUGCUUGGCCCCUCCCUUCCGCCACUGGAAAAAUAAGAAGUGUGGAAAGAAUAGCAGCUUGUGAUAUCAAAAUUUUACAUUUCUUGGUUACAUCAGGAACAUUUUGAUAAUUUUUAUUGAUAUUUUAUUAUUGUCAACCUCUUUUAGCACCAACAAAAAUGUACAUUAAUUCGAGUACCUUGUCAUUAAAGGAUGUUUGAAAAUGUAA